GCACUUUAACCCUCCUGCUUUGGUAUAUAUAGUAUGUGAGACUAUUAGAGUUCUCCUGGCAGCCAUCAUGAAGGGUACUGUCUCGAUCUGCUGUUUCCUCGCCCUGCUGCUUUUGCAGGCCACUGCAGAGGUGGAAGAAUUGGACCACGUCCUAAGAGACAGAUCUCACAUCGAUGAGACGCUGCGGCUUGCAACUGAGGAAAAAGCAGCAGAUUAUGUCGCGGCUAUACAGAAGUUGCGGAAGAUCUACCAUUCAUCCAUCAAACCAAUGGAGCAGGCCUACAAGUACAACGAGCUGAGGCAGCAUGAGAUUUCAGCAUACCCUGGACGAACCCUGGGUGACUCGGCCACAGAUGGAGAGAUUACCUCCAAGCCCAUGGUGCUGUUCCUUGGACCUUGGAGUGUAGGGAAGUCCUCCAUGAUCAAUUACCUCCUGGGCUUGCAAGACAGCCCGUAUCAGCUCUACACAGGAGCUGAGCCCACUACCUCUGAGUUUACUGUUAUAAUGCACGGCGAGAAAAUACGCUCUGUAGAGGGUAUCGUCAUGGCAGCAGACAGCUCUCGCUCCUUCUCUCCCCUUGAAAAGUUUGGCCAAAACUUCCUGGAAAAGUUAAUAGGUAUCGAGAUGCCUCACAAGCUGCUGGAACGUGUGACUUUUGUGGACACGCCUGGAAUCAUUGAGAACCGAAAGCAGCAGGAACGAGGUUAUCCUUUCAAUGAUGUUUGCCAGUGGUUCAUUGACCGUGCUGAUCUCAUCUUUGUUGUGUUUGAUCCAACCAAGCUGGAUGUUGGUCUUGAGCUGGAGAUGUUGUUUCGACAGUUGAAAGGCAGAGAGUCCCAGAUCCGCAUAAUCCUAAACAAGGCAGACAACCUGGCCACGCAGGACUUAAUGAGAGUCUAUGGAGCACUCUUUUGGAGUUUGGCUCCCCUCAUUAACGUGACUGAACCGCCUCGUGUCUAUGUCAGCUCAUUCUGGCCAUAUGAUUACGCCCCAGACACUAGCCGGGAGCUCUUCAAGAGAGAAGAAAUCUCCCUGCUGGAAGAUCUCAACCAGGUGAUUGAGAACCGCAUGGAGAACAAGAUCGCCUUCAUCCGCCAACACGCCAUCCGCGUUCGCAUCCACGCCCUGCUAGUGGACCGUUACGUUCAGACCUUCAAAGAGAAGAUGAGCUUCUUCAGUGAUCCCGAACUGGUCUUCCAGGAGAUUGUGGACGACCCUGACAAGUUUUACAUCUUCAAAUCCAUUCUAGCCAAGACCAACGUCAGCAAGUUUGACCUACCCAACCGAGACGCUUAUCGUGACUUCUUUGGCAUCAACCCAAUCGCAAGCUUUAAGCCUCUGGCAUCUCAGUGUUCCUACAUCGGAGGCUGCCUGUUGGAAAAGAUCGAGAAGGCAAUCACCAACGAGCUGCCUGGUCUCCUAAGCAGCAUUAACUCUGGCAAGCAGCCUGGCCUCUCAUCUUGUGAGAUCACUGGCUGUGGCGAGAAGCCAAAAAACCGCUACCGAAAGAACUGAGGAACAUAAAAUAACUUGUCAGGGGGAAGAAAGGAGACAUAGGAGGUGAAGAGAAAGAGGGGUCCUGGUGGGAGCCAGAGCCCUGCUUUUAACAGGACAUUUGCAUUGUUAAGGUGACAUAGGGAAGAUUAAUGUUUGGGGUUUUUUGUCCUCAGGAGAAUAAGCAAAUGUGAUAGUGAGAGAAGAAGAGGGAAGCCAUCGUUGGAUAAGGCAGCUUAAGGACAUAAAUAAUAGAGGAACGGGAACCCGCCACUGAUUUCAAAGUUCAUAAAACAUACACCUUUCUCUUUCUUAUGGCACUGUCACCCUGGACUGCCUCACAAGGAAUUGUCAGAGAAAUUACAGAUGCUGAAAAUAGGCAAAUACCAGACCCAUUUAAAACAGAUGUUGAAAACAGAUGUUUGUAUACUAAUAUUAAAAGGAUUAUAUUAUCCCAGGUACAUUUCAAACACAUCAGUUGAAUUCGAAGUAGCCUUUUUGUUGGUGCUAUACAAAAGCAUUGGUGUCUGUCUGACCAUGCAGACCUUUGCUAUAGAUGUUAAUUAUCUUUGCAUGUUAGGAUUUCAAUGUUUAUCUACAAAUGCAUGUUUUUCUUCUGCCAUAAAGAAAAAAAAAACCCUCAUGCAGCAAUUUUGAGACCAGUACCAAAUCUAACCGGCAUCAAACA